AUGUCUCUUAAACUACAAAAUGCGGCCAAGAUGACACCCGAGACGGCUAUGGAAGAUACAAAGGAUCUGAUAGAAUGGGAAGAGUUGAGAACAGAGCGCAGCGCUAAGCUUUGUAAGAUGAUGGUUCAUUUCAGCCAGCUUGAGAAACACUUUUUCUCUAGAGAUGAGCUGAGCCACUUUGGGAUAACAAUCAUUUGCCUCCCAAGUGCAGAUAUGUUGUUGUCUAAUGAAGGCCCCUUCCGGCCUCAUUCUACCUUCGGUCCGAAGAUACCGAUGGGAACUGAAGAUAUGUAUCUAGGCUGCAGCCCUAGAACGAGAUGGCCUACCAAAGCUUUGUCUGUUUUAUCCUCAAUGGCGAAUCUAUCUGAAGAUAGGGUGCAUGCCUGGGGUCCAGUGGAAAUUAUCAAUCCAUACUUCGGUAUCAUAAAUGGACUUGAUGAUAGUCUGAGUGUUAUUGAUGAAUGUCAAUGGCUAGCUAGGAUAUUUGAAUGGUCAACGCCAUGCCUUCGACCCCAGGAGUCCGAAAGACUAGCAACGUUACCCCCUCACCUCCGCGUGCUGAUAUACCUCUAUACGCCUGGUCAGGAAAUAGGGUUUUCGAGAAUUGAGAUGAGAGCUAUUUUGACCGCAAUAUACAAUCGGGUCUAUCAGACGGGGUUUGAGGAUGAAACAUUAUUCCCGAAUGCGAAUCACUGA